GUGAAAGAGUUGAAUCUCCAUGGCGUUUAACCAACCCCAGGAGAAGGACUAAAACUUUCCCUUAUUAAACCCGGAUGUGAUAUGGAUGAAAUCACGCCACUUCCACAAAGAGAAGCUGUUUUAUCCAAGAGGAUGCGGACUAUUUGAAACCGCUGCGGCUCAGCCAGAAUUCGUGAAAAAGAUCAUUCCCAAUUGAACCCACUACAAACCUUAACGGAGGAAGAAGAUGCAGUCCUGUACAUUGAUGAAUGGACAACACCAGCAGAUUAGACAAGCCUCUCAGCCCUCGCAAGCUGCUCCUUAUCAUGCCCAUGAUGGAACAAGAAAUCUGCAAUCUUGGACUCCAAAACAAAGCAUUCACUAUCAAGCAAGAAACCUAGGAGUGCAAAAUGCACACGCUGAACAUUUCCCUUUGCACAAUGGAGCUUAUUCUAACAGACAAAUGUCAAAUUUGCAGACUUCUGCAGGAACUUAUCAGGAGGUUUCUUCUCAGCAGAAUGGUGGAGGCAAUAAAAAUAGUUAUUUUUCUGGUAUGUUAUUUAACUAUAUUCAAAAUGUAUCAGCUAAUAAGCAAAGUGGAAACCCAUCUUUGCCAGCAUCUGGAUUUCAGAUUCCCACUCUGCAAGACUGUGAUCAGAAUUCAUCAACUCAGAGUCCACCUAACCAGAUGAACUCAAACACUACAUAUCCCCAGCAAGGCAUGUCCACUCAUUGGAAAGAGCCACUGGUUGUUAAUGAGAGACAAAUGAUUGGAACACAGGAUAGAACUGUGACUAAUAUCCAGCAUGUCAGUGUUCAGCAGGGCAUGCAACAGAAUGUGAAUGGAGACUUGACAAAACCCAUUUCAGCGUACACUACACCAACUACCUCAUUUCCACCUGAACGUGGUUUAUGUACCAGCACUAUGAUGUCUGGCUCUGAACAGACUGUGUACCUUGUUUCGAACAAUCAGGUUCAAAGACAAAGCGGCACUCAGCAUGGAUUCUCUCCUGUCAACUCACAGAGUUACAAUAUGGGAACCUCUCAGACUUCAGGAAACAGUAACAUUGCAACAUAUCCACCAUCAAGUGCACAGAAUUCUUACUUUUCCAGCACCAGCCACAAAACUCAGCAACACUCGGCUCAGCACCAAUUAAGAAACAACAAUGGGAUCAAGACUGCCACCUACAGUAACUCAAAUUUUUAUAAAAAGUAUGAAAAUAUUAAUUACUCUGCAGAAAUGAGAGGGCGUCAGAUAAAAACUUAUAAACAACAGAAAGUGAUCAGGCACUCAUUAAGUGCAGAUGGUUUAAAUAAUUCAUGCACUCCUGGGUUUGAUGGUUGUCGUCCUCCUCCACCGUACAGCUAUGCAAAUCACAGACAGCAGCAGUAUGUCAGAACGACCACAAUGGUCUCGUCUAAUCAAUCUAAUAUUCAACCUGGGACUUCGGCUACCCGUAAAAAUUAUAGUAACUUGAAUUCCAUCAAGUUAUUACCCGGGCAUUCUGGACAGUCUUUACCUCAAAGCACUCAAAAUGUAAUGUCAAGAACACAGCACGCUGUAAGUACACCCCAUCAGCAAACCUGUGUACCUAACGGUUUCCACAAAUCUGCUGCAGGAAAUGAAAGAAGCCCAAGUAACGAAAUUCAUCCUAAAAAGAACUGUAGCUUAAUUGAAUUGUUGCUUUGUUCAUCCCUGCUGCCGGAAUCUGUUGACCGCAAGACACAAUCAUCAGUAGCAAGCAGUUUUGAGAUGCUGUCAUCAGUCCAGUUAAAUGACAGCUCCAUUCACUCAUCACCUGGAAAUGCCAGCACCAAAGCUAUUGCUGUUGUACAACCACUGCCAUCACUGGAAGGUCAGCUUCACAAUGACCAUGCUUCUUCUGAUUCCACAGCAGGAGACUCUUUAAACAACCCUAAGGAAACUUUUGUUUCAGAUACCACAGCAAUUAACAAAACGCUGCCAUCUUCAGAGUCAGGGACACAAAACACAGGAAAACAACCUGAACUGGAUGUUAAUGUUCAAAAUUCAAUUCCAUCCCAAGAAUCAGUAUGCCAAAAUUCUCCUGAAGACCAAAGUGGGAUCCAGACACUUUCAACAUCACCCGUUUCUGAUCUUUCCGCACUCCCAACAUCCCCAUGGACAUUAUUGGCACUAACGAAGUUGAUAAAAGAUGCAGAAAAGAAUCAGAAAGAGCUCAGCGAUUUGAAAGAAUUACACACUGCACAAAAAAUUAUAGACCUGUUUUGGGAGGGAAAACUUGAAACACUGCAAAUGUACUCAUGCAAGGUAGGCUUUCUCAAGGUUUUAGAAGUUAAAGAAUUCUGCCAAAAACAUUUAACAGCCAACUCUGUUGUACUGUUGCAGGUAGAUGGCAAUUUUGAGGAGCAAAUGGAAAGCUACCAUGUCCUCAAAGACAAUGAAGUAUUUUCAGAAUUGCCUUACAAAUCAUCAUGGUUAAAUCUAAAUGAGCAGUUGGAUGAAAUAGACAAAGAAUUUGGUUUCCCAUUGUCUCUGAAACAUCACACUUCAUUGCUUGAGAGUGAUGGCCAGAAAGAUCAGAUGCACAUCAACAACAGUGAUCCUGCAAUUAUGAGUAAAGUGCCAAGCAAGAUCUUGCCAUCAACACAUUUUGAACCCGUUGAUUCAAAUGAAGGAAAAGAAGCCACCACACUCAAACCCCCCUCCAUUCAAACUCCCUCCUCUAAUCAGACAGAUGAUGCCAGUGACCCAUGUUUGUCCCUGAAAAUCCAAGUUAUGCCUCCAGAAGAAGCCAAACGUUACCAUGAGCAAAGCGAAAAUGAGAUGCCACAAAGUAUGGAUGCAGAGAGGGUCGUAAGUAGUUCCACGGAGAGUGAGACACCUGAUAAUACAGAGUCCACAUCGUGGGAAUCAAAAUUGGAAACUGUGGAAAUUGGCAUAAGUCAGUCGCUUUGCUGUCUUACAAAGCUGUUGAAAAUGACUAUAGGAUCAAGUACAUCUUAUGAUUGUAAAUGCCACAGCCAGAAAGAACAAAAGUUUGGAAAAGGGUUAAAAAAUACCAGUGAUAGUGGCGAAACAGUUGUACUAAAGCACAAUAACCAGUUUGGGAAGGAUCCAGUAAAGGACAAGGAGAACACUGAUGAUCAAGUUGUGACAUUUAGUGGUUCUGAGCUUUGCAGCUUUCUUGGUCAAACCAUAGAUUUGACUGAAGUUGAUGACCAACCUCAAUUGCCUUCUGAACAAAAUUCUAAGAACCACUCCAAAAUAGCCAAUACCAGUCAUUCAGGUAUUAUAAUUAUAAGUGAUGAAGAUGAAGAUCUCUCCAGUGGUGAAAAUGAAAUUCUUAGCCAGAAGACAGAUCUUGCCAUAAAGAUGUCUGAACCUUACGAUAAGUGUGGACAAGAACAACCAACGUCUACAGCAUCGAGUCUGUCAGGUGCCUCAGUCAGUACUAACAAAGCUGAAACUGAAAAGUUCUGCAGCACUGAGACUGAGAUUGCCAUCCAGAUCCUGGAUCAUGACAGGAGUUGUGAAGAAGCUUUAGAUGUGCCAGUGUCACCUUUGGAAACCAAAGAGCAAUCUCAAAUCUGUGCUGAAGGUGACUUUAAAGUAUCUGUCAAGCAUAAAAAAAUCAAAAGAAAACACAAGAGACUCGAAUGGGAUGAUGAAUUUGGUCCACCCCAAAAGGAAUCAAAGAAAUGCAACUUGCCUGUUGAUCUUAAUUUAGAAAAUGCCCUUGAUGAUGUUUCAAAAUGUGAAAAGGAGCCUGCUGUUGAAGCUGAAGCUCUCAAUAUAGACUCAAAAAGAACUGCAGAACUGGUGCUGUUUGGCUCAGCUCAACAAGACAAGUGUGCUUUAACUGGCAGCAGAAAAGCCCAUUUCCGUUUUGUAAAGGGUGCAUCUAAGGCAGCACACCUGAGGCCUCCAGAAGUUCUUACUGUCAAUCUCAACCCUUUGAGUAGCAAGUCCAGUGACAUGGUGUACAAGAGGAAUUAUUCAGUAAAACAGCUAAUUCAUGACAAAUGGUGGAGAAGUUUUCAACAGACUAAAGCUAGUCACAAAAAACCCCGUAAACAUCGUUCUUACUCUGUUGCCGGGGGUAUCUUGAUGAAACGAGAUGGAAUUAAGGAAUCCCGGAGUCUGAAGACGCUUGGAGAGGAGAAGAAGGAUAUCACCGCUGAUAAUAAGAGGUGUUCCUCUAAAAGUGAAAGCCAAAAUGUCAAACCUUGCCAGGAGCACAUAGUCUUGAGGUUCAGUGUUCUACCCAGUAACUUUGACCUCAAAGAUGGAUCCAGUGGCAGGAAGCAAUCCACCAAUCCCAUUUCAGAAGAGCCAGAGAAAGAGCAAAGCGCUGCUACAGCUGCUGCAAAACCGAAAGGUAAAUGGAGUUCGAGUCUGCAGAAGAAUCGACCUCGACCUAUUCCCAAGACCUUCAGUCUCUUCCACGAGUAUCAGAAGAAAUACAAGGAGCGCUCUCACUCAAAAGAUUAAUAAUGUGAAAGAUGUCUCUUCUCAGGGAAUACUUUUUUUUUUUUUUUUCCAUUUAAGACAUUUAGUACAAAGAUUCUGACUAAAAUUAUGCCUUUGUGUUUUUUUCUGCAGUGUAUAUACAAGCAAUACAUUAAGGCUGUGCAACCUUUUGUUGUUUACAUGUCUGUAAAAAGCAUUACAGUCAUGGAGCAGGUGUAGUUACUGACUUGUGGGAUGUGGGAACUUGGCAGCCUUUACAAAUUUGUUCAAGUGAUGACAUUCUGUUCGUCAUUGAUUAUUAUUGUGUCACUGCUCCUUGUCGGUUCACCACUGUACUCGCGACAGACAUGAAAGGAAUACAUGGUAUUUGCUGUCGGUGCAGUUCUGUUUAAUGAGCUGAGAAGCUCUGAAGAUGCAUGACACUGCAUAGUUUGUCUUGUGUCUGUGCAUCAGAGAGUGCAUGCAGACUUUAGAUAGUAAGUCCACAUGUUCAGAGCCAUGUUCAAAUUAACAAGUGAUAUCCAUGAAAGGGGGUGUAAGUCUAAAAUCUUUGUUGUUGUUUUUUUGACAAAAAACUUGACUUGUAACAUUUGCAUUGUGAGUUUUUUUUACUGUUUUUCUACACUUUCAGUAUUUGUACUCUAACCAUUUUUUAAAAAUUUUUUAUUAUUGUUUCUAUGAUUAAAUUAUCCAUUUUUAAUGUG